GUGGGCUCCGCGUCGCGAACCACUUGUCCGGCUGAAUAUCGCCAGUUCACGCGUGCGCCAGAGAGACCGCGAUUCACCAUGAAGCUGCUCGUGUUGUUGACGGUGACGCUCUUGGCGUCGGCCAACGCGCGCUCGCUGCGCCUGCCGGAGGCGCGCUUCGCCUCGCUGGAGGGCUUUGCCGAGGACAUGUACGACGCGGAGGCCGUCCGGGCGCCUCGUCACCUCGCGGACUUUGCCGAGUUCGACCGGCCGCUGAGCCCCGACGCCGUUGACCUUAGCCCACACCACCGCUUCGCUCGCGGUGCCACCGAGCCGUGCGACUGCGCCGACAACCCCGACCUGGUGGGCGAGAUCGUCGAGACCGCCCCUAUCGAGGAGGGGGAGGAGGGGCCGUUCUGUGCCGAGUUCGCCGUGCCGCCCCAUCCCGAGCAGCCCGCCGUCGUCUACGAGCUCGUCGAGGCCCCGGAGGAGCGCGCGGGGGUGGAGCUGACCGCAGACGACGCCCAGCUCGAGGAUGACCAGGAGGCGACACUCUGCGACGAGGGACUGCACCCCGAGGACGAAGCCGACGUCGAGCCGUGCGCAGGGAGGCCUGCCCGACAGCUCAAAGUGGGAAGCAUUCAGGACGAGGACAGCGAGGAGGCGCAGCAGACCGCGUCAGAGGUCGUGGAAGGGAAGUCCGCCGCUGCCGAAGAAGUCGACGCUGAGACCAGCGCGCAAGGGGAGAUUGACGUUAGCAAGAAGGUCAAGAGUGAAGCUACUGAAGGGGUGAGGGCUGAAAUCAGUGAUGAUGUGAAGGCUGAAACCAGUGAGGGCCUGCAGUCUAGUGAGGGUGUGAAGGUCGAGGCCAGUGAGGGUGAGAAGGUCGAGGCUAGUGAGGGUGAGAAGGUCGAGGCCAGUGAAGGUGUGAAGGACAAGGCCAGUGAGCGUGUAAAAGUCGAGGCUAGUGAAGGUGUGAAGAUCGAGGCUAGUGAGGGUGUGAAGGACAAGGUCAGUGAGGGUGUAAAGGACACGGUCCGUGAGGAUGAGAAGGUGGAAGCCAACGACGGGGCUGCCGCGGUCCUGGGUGUCCCAGCCCAGAAGGACACCGCGGAGCCACAGGCAGCGUCCAAGUCUACCAAGUAGUUCGCCUCGUCGGAACACCAGUUACCGAGGAGGUACAGCCAGCUGCAGGGUAGCAGCCCCGCUAUGGAGACCACGGCGACACGCCCCAGCCCGCUACGCCACGCCGCGCCGCUGCCUCGCCGCUGCCUCGCCGCGCCCCGCGUUGCUCGCGCCGCGCCCCACCCCACCGGGCCUGCCGGCCCCGCCCCGCUUCACCCUGCCGUGCCUGAUCAGCGAUAACCUGCCGCGGGGGAUGGGGAACGAAGGGGUAUAAAAGGGAAUCCUUGUUGGGAUUUUAGUUUUUAUGUCGUAGGUUUACAAGUAUGUCACAAUGACAUACGUUUGGAGAGUAAAAUGGACUGAUAAUUUAAGUUGAUGUACAGGUCUCUUUUCGUGGACACCCAAUAAAUUAUUUAAGUUUAAA